AUGGGGGCAUCGUCCUCCGGUACGUUCACGGUGGCAUCUGCGUGGGAGCAGGUUCGAUGUAAAAGGAACCUAUCGAUGGUCCACUCCCUGGUCUGGAGCUCGGUGGUCCCACUCAAGGUCUCGUUCUUUACAUGGCGUCUGCUACACAAGUGGGUGCCUCUGGACCAUGCCCUCCAACGUAAGGUGGUGGUGCUUGCCUCCAGGUACUGUUGCUGUGGGAAUGCGGUGGAAACACGCAACCAUCUAUUUGUUCUGGGGCCGGUCGCAUCGGCGGUGUGGCAGUAUUUCGAUAGCUUGUUUGGCAUCCGGGACCGGCAGGUGGGGAAUCUGCUAAGCUGGCUUCCUAGUUCUUCUCUCACUGCUCGGUCAUGCGAAACCAUGUGUGUGUUAUUAUCCCUCUCCUGGUUUUGUGGUUCCUCUGGAAGGCUAGGAAUCAUGCAUGAUUUGAGGGUUUGCCUCUAUCGUCGGGCCACGUCAUCUCUCAAGUCUGCAGCUUCAUGGAGCAGAUGUGUAUGGGUCGACUCUUGCAACCAUAGUCGUUCAAAGGCGAUACGGAUUGUAUAUAGGCAAAGAGGGUCCCGGGGAGCAGCAAGAGGCUUUCCCGACCACGGGUGGUCACGAGCCAUUGGCGGAGGGAUUCUUCGAUCAGUAGAGGGGGAUCUCGUAUUUGCAUUCUACAAGGAGUUUGGGGAUCAGGAUGUGCUUAUGGCGGAGGCUCUGACACUAUUGGAAGGGUUGAUGCUUUGUCGGCAAGGGAAUCACCAGACUUGCCAGAUAGAGGUGGACUCCAGGGUGCUGGUUAGCUUGGUCUCGUCAGAUGCCCCCUCACGUUGGCCUCUUUGUAACUCUAUUCGCCAGAUCAAAGCAAUGGUAGCAGCCUUGGAUGCCUCUAUAGCCCACAUUUUUCGGGAAGCGAACUCAGUAGCGGAUGCACUGGCGUCAUCUAAACUUCCCUCAAAUGCAGUUCUCGCCUCUGAGGCAUCUCUGCCUCCUAGGGCCCGCGCUGCCCUCCAGCUGGAUAGGCUUCAAGUCCCUCAUGUGCGGUUUCGCCGCCCUCGGUAG